GCAGCCCAAUCCUCAAAUGAAGAAGAAUUUAAAGACCGGAACUAAUAUAAUUAAAAAUAUAGAUAAGCUACGUACUUGAUCCUGUAUGAAUAGUCUGUCACGUGUUCCCUGUACACGUCAGGAACUUUAGGUAGGAUUUGUCAAUACCUCUUCCGGAGGCAGACAAACUGAACAUUUAACAUCUUGCCGUUUUAUUAACAGUGUUUUCAGGACUGCUGCAAGCUGUGGAUGGAGUCAGCGUCCGGGAUUUUAGUGUUUCAAUUGGUCACAGCAGGAAGCCACAGAGUUAGGGAAUUCUGGACUUCCUGAUCAACAGCACAGUGGGGAAAAUGGUCAAGUACUUCUGUAAUAACACCGACAUCAGGAGCACAUGGGACUAUGUUGUCUCUGCUUUCUGGCAGAGAUACCCCAAUCCUUUCAGCACCCAUGUCUUAACAGAGGACGUUGUGUACCGAGAGGUGACUUCGAACAACCGGCUCCUGUCCAGGCGGCUGCUGACAAAGACCAAUCGGCUUCCUCGCUGGGCCGACAGGUUCUUUCCCUCUGGUAUUUCCCGUUGCGUGUACAUCAUUGAGGACUCCAUUGUCAACCCUGUGGACAGAAAACUGACCACUUACACCUGGAACCUCAACCACACCACACUCAUGUCAGUCGAGGAACGUUGUGUCUUCCAAGACUCCACAGACGAGCCGGACACUACCCUACUCAAACGGGAGGCCUGGAUUUCCUCUGGUAUUUUUGGCUUCUCCCGACCCAUUCAGGAGUUUGGAUUAUCUCGCUACAAGAGUAACCAGGUGAAGGCCAUGAAAGGGCUGGAAUAUGCACUGUCCAAUCUACGAGGAGACACAGCACCGUGGCUCCUCAGUGACACCGUGAAGGACGCGUCAGGAAAGGCCAAAGAAGCCGCCAAGAACCUGGCUUCAGCUGCUGCUCCACCCAAAACACAGCAGUUCAUCUGACCUGCCUGUGUGUGUGUGUGUGAGUGUGUGUGUGUCUGUUGUGUGUGUGUGUGUGUGUGUGUGAUCUUGGAAGAUCUUUCCAUUAUUUUUGGUUAAUGCUUUGAUAACCCUCUGUCCUUGUAGGGACAUUAUCAGGUCUCCCUGAGGAAAGAGGGUAUUUUGAGGUUUAAGGUUAAGUUUAGAGUCAGGGUUAGAUUUAGGCCUGACUCAAGGUAAGCACUAAGAUUAAGCAACAUUUGUAGCGGUUACGGUCAGGGUAGGAAUUUCGCGAAUGUGUCAUGUUUAUGUUUAUGAAGUCGUCACAACUCAUGAAAACCAGACUCUGUGUGUGUUUGUGUGUGUGUGUUUGUGUGUGUCUGGGUACGGUGGGUACAACACAAACAUCUUUUGAUCAUCAUUAACGUCUCAGCUAGACUGAAGGCUGUAGGUUGUCACUCACCCACGGUCCCUGAGUCAUCAUCACUGGUCAUCUUUCCCGUGGGAACCUCCAUCAUUUCUCCACGACAGUUGCACUGAAAUAUAGGAUUCAUUUUUCUGCUGCUUGUUUUCACCCGGUCCUGUCUUGGACUGACUGUGUCUUUUCUCAAUCAACGUUGAUUUAAACCUCAGGUCUUGUCCGGUCUGAAGUCUUUGAAUGAAACACCAAUCCAUUCAGAGACUUUGAGACCAGCUGCACGUGAAAGCUGCAACUUACUGGACUUUCCUGUAUAUGUAUACAUAUACUGUAUGUAUGUAACAUAUGUAUAUAUAUAUUUUAUAUGUACAUACAAUAUAUGUGUAUAUAUGUUUAUGUGUGUACAUAUAUUUGUGAGUAUACAUGUUGAUAUAUGUAUAUAUGUACAUGUAUGUAUAUAUAUUUAUAUAUGUAUGUAUAUGUAUAUAUAUAUAUAUAUACACGCGUAUAUAUAUGUAUAUAUAUGCAUUACAUGUGAAUACCAUGGUUCUACUACAGCAGGUAUGUUUCUUUUUUUGCAGUAGUCACAUAUCACAAUAGCAUUAGAUGAUUAUUUAAUUCUUAUAUGCAUAAAGAACUUAAUUGUAUAUUUUACCACUCGUUUAUUUCAUGAUCGCUGGCUUUUUAAGGUCUUAUUCCGACAAUAACAUUUAUUUAUGAAAAUGAAGUCGUAGGUUGAUGCCGUUUGCUGUUUCUAUCCUGAGCUGAUGAACUUAAAAAACACCAAAUGGAAACGUAUCUCAGUUUUAUGUUUCUGCAGAUUCUUAAUGGAAUGUGAUCAGACGCUCAGCUGUCUCCACUGUGAGUAGAUGUUUUUACUAUGAACUGAAUUCUCCCGUGUCGUUGACUUUCUGUGAUCAUUCAUUCCAUUUAAGACGCCUGCAUUCUGUUUGUGCUUCAAGACUUGAAAAAUAAUAUAAUAUAUUUUGAAAUAAUAUGUGUAAAUGUAUUCCAAGGAUAUAUUUUGAAGAAAUAAGAAGUUGAAUGUUUAGAUUCUUUUGCGAGAUGUCUAACAGCCGAAAACCUGUUGAGCGGAGAUCAUUAAAUCCUGUUAUUUCUUGUUUAAA